AUUGGUCGAGGGGGUCAGGAUAGUUAGGAUUUAUCGCUUUGGUCAUAUACAGAAGAAAGUAUUAUACUAGUCUUAAUAGUUUGCUGGCAGAUAAUCGAUACUGUUUUGUCAGUCGUGAAUCUAUUCACCUCGCAGCUGAAGCGUCCACUGGAGACUGUGACACUUUGAACAGAGAAGCUGUGUGCUCUCUGGAGGAGGCUCAAGAGACUGAAGGAGUAAUUCAAAACAGUGAUCUCCACACUUCAUCCAUAUGGCAGAGCCCAACUUCCCCCCGCUGCCGGGAUUCAUUCCACUCAAGCCAUGCUUCUACCAGGACUUUGAUGAGAUCCCUGAACAGCACCGCAGCAUGUGCAAGAAAAUGUACCACCUGUGGAUGUUGAAUACCGCUACUCUUGCGGUGAAUCUCAUCGCUUGCUUUGCUUGGAUGUUUGCUGGAGGUGGCGUGACCAACUUUGGACUGGCUAUCAUCUGGCUAAUCAUGUUCACUCCCUGCUCUUACGUCUGUUGGUUCAGGGCCAUCUACAAGGCCUUCAAGACUGACAGCUCCUUCAACUUCAUGCAAUUUUUUUUUGUAUUCAUGGCCCAAACUGGCAUCAGCAUCAUCCAAUGCAUAGGCAUCCCUGGAUGGGGAGUAUGCGGUUGGUUGGCAACCAUCUCCUACUUCAGCUAUAAUAUUAUCGUUGCGCUGAUCAUGUUGGUCCCUACUAUCAUGUUCACUGCAGUGGCCUCGCUGUCCUUCAUUGCACUCACUAGGAUCCAUAAUUCCUACCGUGGCAGCGGGGGCAGCAUGUCCAAAGCUCAGGAGGAAUGGGCCACGGGAGCCUGGAAGAACCCUCACGUCCAGCAGGCGGCCAUGGGGGCAGCUGCUGGAGCCAUGAACGAACAGUACUCCAGCCCACAAUACAACGACAACUCGAUGUAGCCUCUUCAAGAAAGAGGUGUCAAAGAAGUGAUGUGACAGUUAUGCCAAAGUUUGAGCAACAGGAUUAGGAAGAUUUUGACCAUUUCCCACAAUAUUGUUGAUUAUUAAGUUAAAAACACUUGCAUAUUUCCACGUAUCUAAUUUUUACAUUUAGGACAAAUCACUGAUUCAGCAGAAAUCGUCAGUGAUUUCAAGCAAUUUCAUCAUUUUACAAACAAAUAGCUGUGGGAAGCUGGUUUUCGCCUUCCUGUAUUAAAGGGCAAACUGAUUAUUUAUUUGUAGUGUUUUAUAUCAUUUCAUGUGUUUUUUUUUUUCUGUUUGGGAGGUUGAAAUGAAACUAGUUUUGAAUGUGUAAUAUAACUUUAGGGGUUCUGUGAGAGCUGUAUGCUGAUGUUUGUGUUGAUCUGCAGUUUUAGCCAUUUUUACACAAGAAAGCAAAAAUGAUUUUUUUUCGAUGUACAGUAACUUUUUGUUGUGAUGAAGAUUCAAAUGUGUAGCAUUAUGUUAUUUAUUUACCCAUGCACUAUUAGAAUGAUAAAUUAUUGUGGAUGCAAAGUUACUUUAGUUUUUCUUGUGUUUUAAAUUCAAAGGUAAACCAAAGAUCCAAUGUAAUACUGCAACUUGAAUCGUCAAAUCAUGCCACUUUAUGUGACCUCAGCAUCAUUUCAUCAUAUUUCUAUUCAGUUAAUCAAAAGUUGCGCUGUAAUGUUGAAAGGAAGUCACAAUGAGAAACAGUAUUACUGGAUUUGAAUAGAAACAGAACAUCUUUACUUACUUGAAACCGACUCUUUGAUGUACUUGAAGCUUCCUGUUGACAUGAAAGCAUCAGAUUUACAUCACAUAAGAAUCAGUGUUAUUUAAAUUCAGCAGAAAACAAGUGAAAUAUCUGAACCAUAUGAGACAACUUUUCUCCUGCAGUAUGGCUAUUUGACCACAGAGAGGCGCUGAUGGUUUUAGUAUGAAAUAAAAAGCUCCAACAUG